AUGGAGGACACGCAUGAGGAGCCUCCUCGGAAGAGACGAAGAUUAAGCAGUGGCGACGACUAUGAUACUGACCACAAAGACAGAAACUUACCUAUGAGUCUGGCCAGCUCGAUAUCUCCGCCCCCGGCACGUCGGCCUCCAGUCCCCCAACUUCCAAAGGUCAUUCCGUCCCCUUUCCAGCUUACCUGGGUGCGCGAUCUUCCUGCAUCGUCCAAUGUUGAUGCGGUCUCUCUCAAAGAUAUUCUUGGUGACCCGCUCAUUGCGGAAUGCUGGGAGUUCAAUUAUCUGCAUGAUCUUGAUUUUCUCAUGGAAGCAUUUGACAAUGAUGUGAGAGAUCUGGUCAAGGUUCACGUGGUCCAUGGAUUCUGGAAAUCAGAAGAUCCCUCUCGUCAAGCCUUGCAGUUGCAAGCUGCCAAGUACGCAAAUAUAACUCUCCAUACCGCCUACAUGCCCGAGAUGUUUGGAACUCAUCAUUCAAAGAUGCUUAUUCUCCUACGCCAUGAUGCGUGUGCACAAGUCAUUAUUCAUACUGCCAAUAUGAUUCCUUUUGAUUGGACCAACAUGACGCAGGCAAUCUGGAAAUCACCAAUUUUGCCAGAACUCCCUAGCAACGCUCCUCCCGAGAGUGUAUCAAGUGAGAUGGGCAGUGGAUGUAAAUUCAAGACUGACCUUCUCAACUACUUGAAAGCGUAUGAUGGUAGACGAACAAUCUGCAAACCUUUGAUCCAACAACUUUCAAAGUAUGACUUUUCAACGGUUCGUGCGGCAUUGGUAGCCAGCGUUCCUGCUAGACAAGGUAUUGAAACAGAUUCGGAGACUACCUGGGGUUGGCCUGGGUUGAGAACCGCUUUGAGCUCGGUACCUGUGAAAGGAAACGAGCCAGAAAUCGUCGUACAGAUCUCUUCAAUAGGAACUCUUGGGCCAACCGACAAAUGGCUCGAUAAUAUUCUCUUUGCAACUCUCAAUACCUCAAAGAACGGAAACAAAUCCAAGUCCAAAUUUCAUAUUGUCUUUCCGACCCCUGAUGAAAUUCGGAGAAGUCUCAAUGGAUACCGCUCGGGCAGUGCCAUACAUCUUAAAAUACUAUCCGCUGCUCAAGCAAAACAGCUCCAAUAUCUGAAACCAUUAUUAUAUCACUGGGCUAGAGAUGCUGGUCAAAACGAUACCGCAACCUCUGAGGAUAUCUCGGAUGCUGGACGAAAAAGAGCUGCCCCCCAUAUUAAGACUUAUGUUCGCUAUGCAGACAAAACCCGGUCGUCGAUUGACUGGAUGCUUGUGACUUCCGCAAACAUGUCAAAGCAAGCAUGGGGAGACCCGAUAAAUGCUUCGGGGAAGGUUCGAAUAUGUAGCUACGAAAUCGGGGUUUUGGUGUGGCCCGAGCUGUUUGGGGAGGGGGCUACUAUGGUUCCUACCUUCAAGACCGAUAUGCCCAAAGCCGAGUCAGAUGUGGCCAGCCACAUUGUUGUUGGGGCGCGGAUUCCAUAUGACCUCCCUCUCCUCAAGUACGGGGAAGACGACGAGCCGUGGUGUGCGACUGCAUCAUACACUAAACCAGACGUAGGCAAGCUCCUCUCAGACUAUUAA